AGACUGCUGAUUCAAAUAUAUAGCACAACAGUCAGAGUGGAAUAUGGAAGAAUUGAGGUCAACGGUCAGCAGAAUAUUCAACUACCAUACAGUUCAAAUGGAAUAAGUAUUCAACAUUUUGGGAACCAUGUCAGAUUGUUCGCCAAACAACAGGGAGUUGAUGCCAUUGUUGACUGGAACAAUGAAGACUACCUCAUGGUUGAGUUGGGAGACAAAUAUAAAAACAAGACCUGUGGCUUAUGCGGAGAUUUCAACAACUCUCCUGAAUAUAAUGAGGUUUUCCAUGAAGGUCAUAGCAUUACCAUACUCCACUUUGCUUCUCUUCAUAAGUUAGAUGAUCCUUUGGAACAUUGUAUGCAUUUGAAGAAUGAGAGUGAGGAGGAACAACUUCCAAAUUAUCAAGCUUUUUGUGGUUCCAUGAUGGAUAAAAUUGCACCAGAAUGCACUGUGCUAGAAUCAGGCUAUAUUAAAAGCUGUCAACAGGACCUGUCAAAGUGCUCCAAGAAGUAUGAUGCCAGCUGUGCUUGUGAUACUUUCUCUGAAUAUGCAAGGGAGUGUUCAAGGUUAUUGCAACCCGUCAGAAACUGGAGAAAUGACCAGUUAUGUCCUCCACGUAAAUGUCCAACGAACCAAAUAUACUUGGAGAGUGGAUGUCCGUGCUUUUCUACAUGUUCAAACUUGCGCUCUACCUGCGAUAGUCAUGGCAUAUAUGGAUGUUUCUGCCCAGAAGGGACUGUUUUUGAUGACAUUUCCAAUAAGGGCAUGUGUGUACCUCUCAGUGAAUGUCCCUGUACUUGGAAUGGGGAUACCUACAGUCCUGGGGAUAAAAUCUCUGCACUCUGCAGAAACUGUGUGUGUUCUAUGGGUCAGUGGAAGUGCACUAAUCUCCCAUGUCCCGGACGAUGUUCCAUUGAAGGCGGCUCAUUUGUUACCACUUUUGAUUCACGACAAUAUCGGUUUCACUCAGUCUGCAUCUUUGUGCUGGUCAAAAGUCCAAUGAUACCUGGCAAUGGACACAUUGAAGCACAAUUUGAGAAAUCUGGUGUGAAGCCCACAGAAACAUCAUUAAGUGCAAUAGUUUACACCAGUGAUAAGAUAAAAAUUACCUUCCUGAAAUGGGGCAUGAUAUAUGUGAAUAAUCAAAUCCAGAGUCUACCCUUCCUGAAAGUGGGUAUUAAGAUUGAGAGAAAGUCUACCACCUGGGUUCAAAUGUCUACCAGAUUUGGCCUGAAGAUGCAGAUCUACUUCACUCCAGUUUUCCAAGUGUAUAUUACUGUACAGAUGAAAUUUUUUGACACCACUGACGGAAUAUGUGGUAACUUUAACGGAGAUUCGAAGGAUGAUUUCAAGAGCAGUAUGGAAAUUUCGGAAGGAAUUGCUGCUAUAUUUGUCAACACCUGGCAUAUUGGUGGAUAUUGCAAACAUGUAAUCGAUAAACAUCCAGACCCAUGCUCCCUUAGUCAAUUCAAAUUGGAUUAUGCACAGCGCUAUUGUUUAAAGUUGAUGAAUAAAAACAGCAUAUUUGGAAAGUGCCACGCCUUUGUGGACCCAAUGGAGUAUGUUGAGCGAUGUCAGUAUGAAGUAUGCAACUACGAAAAUAUUCAAGGUUAUAUGUGCUCUGCCCUUCAUUCGUAUAUUCUCGCUUGUAAAGCCCGGGGUAUACAUUUAAAAGGCUGGAUGAACCAUGUGAAAGUCUGCAGAACAGAUUAUUCAAAAAUCUUCAUUGGUGAUUUAUGUGUGAAACAGCAACAGUGUCCUUGUGUUUUGAAUGGAAAAAUUCAUCCAUCAGGAGAGAGAGUGGAUGCUCUGUGCAAGUCCUGUUUGUGUUCUGUAGGCCGGUGGAACUGUACCAAUGAGCCAUGUACAGGGAGCUGCUCAGUUGAAGGAGGAUCAUUUGUCACUUCAUUUGAUUUACGGAGUUACAGAUUCCAUGGUAUAUGCAAGUACCUGCUGGUCAAAAGUCCAAAGAUUCCUGAAAAUGGAUUUUUAACAGCAACCUUUAAACAGUGUGGUAGAAGAAGUUCAGAAACCUGCUUGACAGCCAUAAAUUAUGUCAAUGAUAAGUUAAAUAUUGAAAUUUCAAAACAGGACAUGGUAAUAGUCAAUGGUGAAGUUAAGAAGUUGCCAUACAGAGCAGGAGAUAUUUCGAUUUACAGGCAGUCGUCAGUCUACAUUCAGGUGAGCACUCUGUCCGGUCUCGAGAUGCAGAUCCAGGUUGGCCCAGUUUUUCAGGCAUACGUUAAUAUUGGAAAUGAUUUCUUCGGCACCAGUACUGGACUGUGUGGUAAUUUCAAUGGUGAUCCGAAGGAUGAUUUCAGAAGUAGCAUGGGAAUAUUGGAACGUACCGCUGCCUCUUUUGUGAAUUCUUGGCAGAUUGAUUACCGCUGUAAAGGCGCUACUAACAAACAAUCAUGUACAUCUGCAAUAUUAAACUGGGGUUACCCUCCCAACAAGUGCCAUCUGCUGGGGGAUGUAACUAGUAUUUUUGGAAGAUGCCAUAGUUUGGUGGACCCUGUGCCAUUUGAAGAGAAAUGCCAGUUUGAAACGUGCAACUAUGAAAGGACACAGGACUUCUUGUGUGCAGCUCUGGGGUCAUACGCUCGUGCAUGUGCAGCAAAAGGACUGAUUUUGAACGAAUGGAGAAAUACUGUGCAAAGCUGCAAAAUUAUAUGUCCUGAUCAUCAAGUUUUCAGCUACAAUGCCAGAGCAUGUGAUCGGACCUGUGUGUCACUGUCUGACAGAGAUUUUGAAUGCACUGCAAUUGAUGUCCCAGUUGAUGGCUGUAUCUGUCCAACAUAUACAUAUCUUGAUGUUUAUGGUAACUGUGUUAGAGCAUCAAAAUGCCAAUGCAUACUCAAUAAUGGUGACUAUUUAGGCCCAGGCAGAUCAACCACCAUUAACUAUGAGACUUGGUUCUGUAGGAAUGGGAAACUGAAAUGUGCAGGCCAGCCUCCAGUUUUCAAAGGAACGUGCAGGCCUCCCAAAGUUUACUUCAGCUGUGCACAUGGGCCACACGGCCAAUAUGGAACAACAUGCGCGCCAACCUGCCAGAUGAUAGCCACAGAAAUUUCAUGCUUACCAGCUAAGUGCGUAUCUGGCUGUAUAUGUCCAGAGGGGAUGGUUUUAGAUUAUGAUGAUAGUUGUGUCUACCCUGAAGACUGUGCAUGCAAAUUCAGUGACCGGACCUACAAAAGAGGAGAAAAAAUGAUGAAAGAUUGUGAGGAGUGUGUCUGUCACAGUGGCAAAUGGAAAUGCAUAGCAAAUGUGCACUGCCCAGCAACUUGUGUCAUUCAUGGUGAGGGGCAUGUUACCACAUUUGAUGGCAAGAAAUUUAUCUUCAAUGGGAAUUGUGAAUACACCUUGGUUCAGGACUCAUGCUGUGCAAAUGAAACACGCCCAAAUUUUAAGAUUGUGUCUGAAAAUGUUAUUUGUGGCCAGUCAGGAGUGACCUGCUCCAGAGCAAUAAAGAUAUACAUUGGGGAUGUUCUGAUAGAAAUGAGAGAUGCAACCUACCAGAUAACACCUGAAAAUGCAGCUGACAAAUUCAACAUCCAAAUCAAUCCACUUUAUGUAUCUCUCGAAGUAGUAAUCCCUGGGGAUCACCUACUACAAAUGUUAUGGAACAAGAAUACAAAUACAUUCAUUCGUUUCACCAGAAUGCAACAGCUUUCACUCUGUGGACUAUGUGGAAAUUUCAAUGGCGAUAUAGGAGAUGAUUUUAUAACUCGCAGCCAAUACUUGGCUUCCAAUGUAUUAGAAUUUGCAAAUACUUGGAAGGAAGAGCCUUUAUGUCAAGAUGUGACUGAAAUUUUGCAUCCGUGUGAGCUAAAUCCAUAUCGUUUGGCCUGGGCAGAGAAACAAUGUCAUAUAAUUCACAGCAAUGUCUUUGAACCAUGUCACAAUCUGGUUUAUCGAGUACCGUAUUAUGAAAGCUGUGUACAAACUACAUGCGGUUGUGACAUUUUUGGAGACUGUGACUGUCUAUGUGGUGCUGUUGCUGUCUAUGCUAAAGCCUGCUUAGAUGCUGGAAUCUGUAUCAACUGGAGAAGCCUUGAUUUCUGUGCUGUGUACUGUGACUACUACAACACCCAUCCUCCAAAAAAUAAUCAGUCAGAAUUUACCGAGAGUGGCGAUUAUCCAAGUCAUUAUCAACCUUGUUCAUGUCCUGAUAACCUGUGGGCCUUUCCAGUGAAUAAUAUGGAAGGUUGCUACAGAUGUGCAACGAAUGAGUAUUAUGAUGUCAACUUGCAAUCAUGUGUAUCCUGUGAGGCAACAAAAGGCAUCUAGAGACACAAGACACUGACUGGGACAAAGCCAGCAACACCUACCACCAUCCACGACAACAACCUGCUCACAAGGACCACCAGACAUAAAAGAAAACCCAAGGUACCACUGGUCUGGUCCCAUGUGUCUAACUGCUUCAGCAGACACCACUGGAUUGUAGUAACCUUUAUUUUUAGCCCUUCGCAGACUCCCAGCUACAGCAAGAGACUACGGACAAGAGCCGAUCAAAAUAGCGUUUUCACACCAGGGGUGAGCCUAAGGUCGUUGCGACUCUAACUCAGCUUGGCUUGCCUUAGAUAGGGGAAGAUGGGGUUCAGGAGGGCUAACAAUGUAGGGCACCCCUCAGGAAGGGAAGUGGAGAGGGACUCCAGGUCAGCAGGUACUCUUUCUCACUUGCUCCCCCAUGUUAGCAUAAGCAACAGCCACCCACUGUAUCUAUUUAUCUGCUGAACCACUUGGCUGCAAGGCAUAACUGGGGUCAAGUUAACUGGGAGACAGGUCUCAGUCAAAGACAGGUGUUUUUUUUGAUAUUCACUUUCUUAUUUUCUGUAAAUAUAUUCAAUUUGCUUGUUCAAUAAAAUCUGUUUCUUUGCCUCUGAAACAUCUGCCUCCUGUGCUUUCCAUCA